AAAGAUGAAAUGAUCUGGAAAAUUUGCUUCGAUUUAAUCAGGCAUAUUCUUGGGUCUUAUACCGCUGGUCCUCUUUGGGGUCUUUAACGUGGCAUCAGUAAACAAAGAUGGCGGACCAUAGAAAAGUUUUGUUGCAAUAUCACUGAUUUAAAGCAAUACUUUAAGAUUGGAUUGUGGUUUCUUGAUAAAAACCUUACAUUUCUGAUCACAGAAGUAAAGUAAUAUAGGGCUUGAAAUGGCUGGAUGGGCCGGUUUUUCUGACGAGGAGUUACGAAGAUUACAGCAGAAAGACCAGGCGGUGUCUGCAGCUUUAGGCGGUCGCGGGAGGAGACCUACUCCAACUAAUCGGAGUCGGCAGCAAUUGCAACGAGAGAAAGCCCUUAAGUUUGCCGCAGAGCAAAAGAGUGGACCCGGGAUGUCUGCACUACCACCGGAGCAGAAGCUCGCCAUGCCCCCACCACAACCUGUGAAACAACCUGUUGCCACCGUGAAGCCGGUGGAGGAACCGAGGGUGAAAGUAGAGACCGUGGUUGCUAAUCAUGACCCAGCGCCAGUAGAAGAAACGACACCGAUUGCAAUAGAAUUGGAAAAACAGGAAGCGGAAUCGCGGGAAAAGACUCGUAUGGAACAGCUGCAGGAGGACCAAAAGAUGAUGGAAGCGAAAAAUAAGCGCAAGAAAGCUCUCCUCACAAAAACCAUAGCUGAAAAGUCCAAGCAGACCCAGGCGGAGGCGGUGAAGCUGAAGAGGAUCCAGAAGGAGCUACAGGCCCUGGAUGACAUGGUGUCUAACGACAUCGGGAUCCUGAGAGGGAGGAUAGAGGAAGCUAGCUGGGAUUACAACGCUGCAAGGAAGCGCUACGAGAAGGCGGAGACGGAGUACGUGGCGGCCAAGCUGGACCUCCACAGGAAGACGGAGGUGAAGGAGCAGCUGACGGAGCACCUGUACGCCAUCAUCCAGCAGAACGAGCUGCGCAAGGCCAACAAGCUGGAGGAGCUGAUGCAGCAGCUGCACCUCCACACCACAGAAGAAGAACCGAAGGAGGAGCAGCAAGAGAAGAAGAAGGAGGAGGAGAAAAUGAAUGGUAAUACCGCAGAGGAGAAGCUCCAGGAAGAAGGGGCUGUCGUGGACCAGUCUGUGCGGGAUCAGGUGUCCAUGGCAGGCACGCAGGCUGAAGCUCGAGUGGAUGGCACCACGGUCCAUAAAGACUGCCCCCCAGUGUCGGAACCAAAGGCGAGGGACCAGGACUGUAAAAUAGCUGACGGUGCCCCCAUGGGGCAGACGGAGGCUCCAGCAGCAUCCGCCUCCUGAUGCUGGCUGGGUGGGGUGGUGGAGGGGAGGGCCACAUCUAUGAGAGCUGCUUGUCGACGUUCACGUCCCCCAUUCAGAGUUGUUUGAACGUAGGGGUACGGCACAGGAUGGUCUGUAAAAUACAUCUUUCCUGCCUCAAUAUACUCAACACUAAAAACGUUCAACUAGACACUACAUUCUCCAUUCCUGUCAUAUUUACGGUGUUCCUGUUGUUUGAUUGGAACUCCAAUUGUAAUCUUUUUAUUUUAUAUAAUGUACCCCCUUCCCCUGUCCCGCUAAACACUCUGUAAUCAUUUGGAAGGCGGUUGCAUUUGUAUUUUGUUACUGCCUGUCUGUGUCGCUUGUUCUUAUUGUGGCUGCUUUAAAAAUCCUCUCGCCUCCAGCACUUUGUCUCAACAACACGUGGCUUUACAUCCAACUGUAUGUGAAUGUUGUCUUCCCAAGCAAAUGUUCAACUUAAAGACUCACCAUUUAAGAUUGUUUUGUCUUUGCAGUCAAACUGAGAGCAGUAUAUCGUGUUAGCUCCCUUUUAAGUUAUUUUGUAUAAAAGAAAUGGAUUAUGGUCACGUCUAUCGAAAUCCCUGAUUAGUUUUGUGUAUGUACAAAGUUCCACUUUGAAAGCAGUUUUUAUUUUUGUAACCUUGUGCUCAGGCAGUGAAUUUAGUUUAAAGGCAUGCAUCUGGAAUGUGCCUCCUAAAUGGUAAGGUGAUAUCUCAUAAUGUAUGCUCUGCAAGGAAAGUGUUUCUCAGCAUGUAUUUCUACACCGUUGUGGCCUUUAUAGAAUAAUUUAUUUUCUCGGUUAUGUUAUCGAACACUUUCAACUGUUGCAUCCAACGUCUGUUUUUGUAUUUGAAAUUGAGCUCUACCAUCUUGUUUGUCAGGCUAGCAGAUUGUACAUUUUGUGUACAUUUUGUGUCUCUAUGGUUUCAGUCAGAUGCCAAUUUUGUAUUCAAAUGGGUUUAUAUAAUUGUAUUUAUAUGUAUAGGUAUGUGUCUGGGAUCCAUCACUGAGUUGUGUUUUUAUAAUAUGAACAAAAAUAAAAUGAAUCAAUAGUC